GCGACCCGCCCCCUCGAGCUGCGAUACGCCGAGCGCUCAACAUCCGAGGACUCUGGCCCCGAGUAACCCCGCUCGCGUGACCUUUCCCCUCCAUUCCGCACCUCCGGCUGCAGGCCCGGCGAGAGCGCGGAAGUUGGGCUCUCGUGGCCCUCCGUCCCGAGCGCCGGCUCUCCCCAUCCCCGGCCCUCCGCGCCGCUCUUCGUCAUGGCGGCCCUCAGCAAGUCCAUCCCUCAUAACUGCUACGAGAUUGGCCACACUUGGCACCCUUCCUGUCGGGUCUCCUUCCUGCAAAUCACCGGGGGCGCCCUGGAGGAGUCUCUGAAGAUCUAUGCCCCUCUGUAUUUGAUUGCAGCAAUUCUCCGGAAACGAAAAUUAGACUAUUAUUUACACAAACUACUCCCUGAGAUCCUACAAUCUGCUUCAUUUCUGACUGCUAAUGGGGCCUUGUAUAUGGCUUUCUUUUGCAUAUUAAGGAGGAUACUUGGAAAAUUCUACUCAUGGAGUCCUGGCUUUGGUGCCGCUUUGCCAGCAUCUUAUGUGGCCAUUCUAAUUGAAAGAAAAAGCAGGAGAGGGCUGCUCACAAUUUAUAUGGCCAACUUGGCCACAGAAACACUAUUUAGAAUGGGUGUAGCAAGAGGAACCAUCACAACUUUAAGAAAUGGAGAGGUUCUUUUGUUCUGCAUCACAGCUGCCAUGUACAUGUUCUUUUUCAGGUGCAAAGAUGGUUUGAAAGGAUUUACAUUUUCUGCACUUAGGUUCAUUGUAGGGAAGGAAGAAAUUCCCACACAUUCUUAUUCGCCAGAGGCAGCAUAUUCAAAAGUGGAACAAAAGAGAGAGAAACAUGAGGAAAAACCAAGAAGAAUGAACAUAAUUGCUGUAGUCAAGAAACUUGUGGAUUCAAUAUGUAAGCAUGGACCAAGGCAUAGAUGUUGCAAGCACUAUGAAGAUAAUUGCAUCUCUUAUUGCAUUAAAGGUUUCAUCAGAAUGUUUAGCGUGGGAUACUUGAUCCAGUGCUGCCUCCGAAUCCCUUCUGCAUUUAGGCAUCUGUUUACACAGCCAUCCCGGCUACUUUCUCUCUUCUACAAUAAAGAAAACUUCCAGCUCGGAGCUUUUCUUGGCUCUUUUGUUAGCAUAUACAAGGGUACUAGUUGCUUCCUGCGCUGGGUCCGAAACCUAGAUGAUGAACUACAUGCUAUUAUAGCUGGAUUUUUGGCAGGUAUAUCAAUGAUGUUUUAUAAAAGCACAACAAUUUCCAUGUAUUUAGCAUCCAAAUUGGUGGAGACAAUGUAUUUCAAAGGCAUUGAAGCAGGGAAGGUUCCCUAUUUUCCUCAUGCAGAUACUAUAAUCUAUUCCAUCUCUACAGCAAUUUGCUUCCAGGCAGCUGUCAUGGAAGUUCAGACCUUGCGACCAUCUUACUGGAAGUUCCUUUUAAGGCUCACCAAGGGCAAAUUUGCGGUCAUGAACCGAAAAGUCCUUGAUGUUUUUGGUACUGGUGCAUCUAAAUACUUUCAGGAUUUCAUCCCCAGGUUGGAUCCAAGAUACACAACUGUAGCGCCAGAGUUGCCCAUAGAGUUUUCUUGAAGAUGACUGUAAUUUAUUAAUGUGACUAAAUGUUUCAUCAUUUAUCCUGAAGAGUUAAUUAUGUGAACACAAAGAAGGGGGCCCGAACUCGAACUUCAGUGUUAUUUCAAUGAGAUACUCUUUUUUUGUUUGUUUUUCAUACCAAUCAGAAAUAUAGAAGCUUUUUAGGAAGGUAUUGCUUAAUAAUUAAGCUUCCUCCGUAGCCAGAAUCAGGUUGUGGAUCACUGUAGUGGUUGACAUUAUUGAUAUAUUAUCUAUUAAAUUAUGUCCACAAGCAAUGUCAAAUAAUCUAUGUAGACAUAUAAUAGCAAAUAAGAGUAUACUUAAAAUUACUUUAAAAGAUUUCUUUAGUUCAUUCCAAUAUAAUUCUUGGUUAAAAAGAGUACUAUUUCUACGUUUUAGGAUUUACAAAGGAUCACGGGUACAUGGAUUUGGUCUGUAUUUUUUUUAACUUUUGAAUUGGUAUCUGUAGUCGUGGAAUGUUACAGAUUUGCAGUAACUUUCCACAGACAAUGCUGCUUUAGUAUAGAGCAAUUUAGUUGGAGAAAGUGGCCAUUCUUACUUCAGGGAUGCAAAGAUGGGUCUUAUACCAUUUGGAUAAGUAAAUGUCGUGGUAUCCAUGCUCUUAUUUUUAACUGAUAGAUAUCUCUCUCCAUGACCAUUUGGGCAAUUUGAGAGCCCAGCAAACCUAUAUACUAAUGGCAGGUUAGGAGCAAAUGGAAAUGGACACAUCUGAUAGAGUUAAAAUGUAUGUUUUAAUCUUUUGUAAAAGCAUUACACUUGAAUAUUGUUAAAACAAAACUUUUACAACUUCUAUAGGUUUAUUAUGUUAUCAUUUAUAAGGAUGUAAUUCUUCAUAGCUCAGUUUAUAUGCCAUUGUUUUAGAAGGGAUCAAAAGUAGUUUUAGAAAGUUUGGCAGUUUAAGACCUUUCAACUGCUUCACCUAUAUAAUGGAUGUUUUACAACUAAAAACAAUAUAAAAACCCAGUGGUUGUUUAAAAAGUCCAUUUCAUCACUAAUUGGAUUCAGGUUCUCCAGCCUUCUUUUUAAAAAUCAUUGUCACCAUUUUUACUGGUAGAAUAAAGAAGUGACGAAAUACAAUCAUGUUGAUUAUGAAAGUAGUUCAGGACAGCUAUAAUUGAAAUAUGACUAUUUAGAGUUUUUCAGGGAAAAGUCAUACUUUUCUAAGUUAAUAAAAAGCUUAAAUGGUUGUGAUGUCUAUAGUUAAUGUAACUUAUAGGCAUGAUGAUAUUUUUUUAAUAUAAUUUUGUUGCUAAAAACUUUUUAGGCCAUUGUAAAUUAUGCAGUAGAACUGUUGUUGCAAAAGGAAUUAUAACCAAGACUUUAAAAAUGUUUAAUCUACCAUAUUCAAUUUCAUCAAGUCUUGUAUACUUCUGUUUAUAUGUAAUCCUAUCCUUCGUUGCUAUAGCAAAUUGAAACCCAACAAAAAGGCAGACUCUGGUACCAUAGUAACAGAAUGAGCCAUUUUAAUUUGGUCAAAAUUUUGCUUUGUGAUUAACUUUUUAGAAUUGACCUGUCCAUUUGGCCAUGCUGUUGAAGGAUCAUUUUGGUUUCAGACUUCAAAACUGAUUAAUAAAGUUAAUUUUAACUUUUUAUUCACUGGAAUCAAAAUGAGGAUUGGCACUGUGUUUACUUUUAAAAAUGAAGUACUAAAGCACUGAGAAAGCACUGUUACCUGCACCUCAUUUUCUCUAUUCAGCAAUUAUGUUUAUACUUUUUCUUGUCAGGUUAAAAAUGUUUUAAUUCAUAAGUAAUUGUUUCCAUAAACAUUAAAAGACUGUGAUACUGAAAGACAAAUUAUGAAAUUUGCUGAGAUUGUUUAGUAAAAUUUUGCUGGUCAAAAAGUACAUUGUUACAAUUUACUUUUUCUUUUUUAUAAAUUGCAGUCUUUUUUUGAAAGUUUAUAUAAAAUGUAAAAUGAAAUGACCAUCAUGAAGCAGAAUACAAUAAUGAAUGUCUAGCUUGAAUGAAUAAUUAACUAAUUUGCAGUGGUGAAUCGAAAAGUCCAGUUUGAUUUCAUUGGGAUGUAGUGUAAGAUGUAGUUGUUCAAGCAAACACAAAGACACUUUGUGUUCCUGAAGACAAUCAGAAUCAUUAUCUUUCUACCUCUACCUAAUCAGGUAUUGACUGACAACUUUUUGGCAUCAUAAAUAAAGUCAAAUAGAGCUCUCCAUUCCAAAAAA